CAAAAAUCGAAUCCUGACAUUACAGAAAAGCCAAAAUGAAAUUGGUCAGAUUCUUAAUGAAGUUAAACAAUGAAACAGUCUCAGUUGAACUGAAGAAUGGAACAGUUGCUCAUGGUACAAUCACAGGAGUUGACAUGAGUAUGAAUACCCACCUAAAAACUGUCAAAAUGACAGUGAAGAACAGAGACCCUAUAAGCUUGGAUACACUAAGUAUACGUGGCAAUACCAUUCGUUGCGUUAUUCUUCCAGACAGCUUACCGUUGGAUACUCUAUUAAUUGACGAUGUCCGAAAGUCACGAAAGAAGAAAGAGGAAAGUAGCGCCUCAGGCCGUGGAAGAGGAAGAGGUAUGCGUGGCGGUGGCCGUGGACGAGGUCGUGGAAGACGUUAAAAGAUCGGUAAAUAGACAGCAUCUUCAACUAUAAAUGUGAGGCCUUACAAAGGGGGCUUCUUCAAGGAGAGGAAACCAAGACUUAAUUACGAUUCGCUAAUAUAUCACUUAUUACAGGACAGUUUUCAAUUAUUUAUUCUGUUCGAAAGAAACUAGCUAUAGUAAACCAUUCCAUUAAUUAUAAUAAAAGAAAAUGUAUGUAAAUGUAUACGGAAGCAUUA